CCGUCUCUUCUGCGAUUUUAUGAAUUAAAUUACCAUUUUCUCCUCCACUCACCUUCCUCCUUCCCAGAUCCCACACGAGAGAGAGAUAUGAUCACCUGCAACAACACCAAAUCCCAGAUCCACCACCAGCACACGCAUUCCCCUCCUCCGUCGUAGGGUUUAUCCCACUCGCCCCGAGUCGACUCACCCGACUCGCUCAUGAACCAGAACCACAAUUACAAGAGCAGCAGCAAUGCCUCCAACAAAGAGAUGGUAAUCAUGGACGCCCGACCCGGAAAGCUGAACAGCCGAUCCAAUUCCAUAUCCGACCCCAACACCAGCCAGAGCCUCGCCUCCAUCCUCAACAACCCCAAUGCCUCCGACGCCUCCUCCUGGGUCGGCUGGUGGUCCUCCUCCGCCUCCGUUGCCCCGCCCGAAUUCGCACCUCUCGUGCCGAAAUCUGCGUCCGACGCCGUGACCCGAUCCGAUUUCCAGCCCUACCUCGCCUCCGUCUCCGAUCACUACAACCGCUUCGAGGACAUCAUCAACCACGUGAAGAAGGAGAAAUCCGACGUCGAUUCCAUCGGUGGCCAAGGCGAAGCCCUCGUCGCGUGCCUCCGGGAGGUUCCGGCGCUCUAUUUCAAGGAGGACUUCGCCCUUGAGGAUGGCGCCACGUUCCGGUCGGCUUGCCCGUUCACGAACGUCUCAGAGAACCUGGGGCUGCAGGAGAAGCUGUCGCAUUACUUGGACGUGGUGGAGCUUCACUUGGUGAAGGAGAUCUCGCUGCGUUCCAACUCCUUCUUUGAGGCGCAGGGGCAGCUGGAGGACUUGAAUGUCAAGAUCGUCGAGGGGUGCAGUCGGAUUCGAGAGCUCAAGGAGACGAUUCUGCUCUUGGAUGUCGAUUUGGUCGAGUGCGCAACGCAGAUUCAUGAUUUGAAUGAAACCAGGAGCAAUUUGUUGGCUCUGCAGCAGAAAUUGAGGCUCAUUUUAUAUGUUAAUCAAGCUCUUUCGGCACUUAAACUGCUUGUUGCCUCUGCAGAUUGUGCUGGAGCCUUGGACGUCACAGAUGAUUUACAGCAUUUGCUGGAUGGAGACGAGCUUACUGGUCUACAUUGCUUCCAUCACCUUAGGGAUCGUGUAGCGGCUUCAAUUGAAUCCAUAAACAGCAUUCUUUCUGCAGAGUUUAUGCGUGCUUCAAUACACGAUGCUGGAGAUACAGAUGUUAUAAUUAUAUCCAGAGCGAAAGCAAGGGCAUCUAGUCUGAUGAAUGGAGAAGAUGGUGAACAGAUUAAGUUGGAUGAUGAAGAAACCUCCAAUUUUCAAGAUCGUCUUCUUCCUGUCAUUAUUGGGUUGCUUAGAACAGCCAAGCUCCCUUCUGUGUUGAGGUUAUAUCGUGACCAACUUACAGCUGACAUGAAGUCUGCUAUAAAAAAUGCUGUUGCAGAGCUGCUUCCCAUUCUUGUUUCGCGACCACUGGAGUCAGAUUUUACACCGGGGGAGCGAAUAGUUGAUGCAGAUGGUUUUGGCGCAUCACUUGCGAGCAAGUUGAGGAGCCUGUCAUCUGAAAGCUUUGUUCAACUUUUAAGUGCUAUUUUUCUGAUUGUAAGGGCACAUCUAGUGCGGGCUGCUGAAGUGAAGAAGGCCAUUGAAUGGAUUAUGUGCAACCUUGACGGUCACUAUGCAGCCGAUUCUGUUGCUGCAGCAAUUGCAGUUGGUGCCGCAGCUGCAGAAACAGCUCAAGAGAGUGAUGGUCAAGGUGGCUUGCUUAUGCCAUAUUCACCUCAGAGGGUUGCUACAAAGGCCCUUUCAAUUCAAGGGAAGGCAAAUGAUGCAGCAAGUCCUUCAAACAUCUCUAAGAAUUUUAGAGCUGAUGUAUUACGAGAAAACACAGAAGCUGUUGUUGCAGCAUGUGAUGCUGCUCAUGGAAGAUGGGCAAAGCUACUCGGGGUUCGUGCUCUUCUUCAUCCUAAGUUGAGAUUGCAGGAGUUUUUGAGCAUAUAUAACAUCACACAAAACUUUAUAACAGCUACGGAGAAGAUAGGGGGAAGGCCAGGAUUUAGCAUCAGGGGAACACUACAGUCACAGGCCAAAGCCUUCAUGGAUUUUCAGCAUGAAUCUCGAAUGGCAAAAAUUAAAGCUGUUCUUGACCAAGAAACGUGGGUGGAAGUGGAUGUUCCUGAUGAAUUUCAGGUCAUUGUCACUUCACUAUUUAGUUCUGAAUCAUUGGUAACCGAGAACCUGGAUACUGUCCAAGAUAAUACGGAAACAAGCUACAAUGAGGUGGCCACACCCAGUAAUAGUUCACAUGCAGCAGAUACAUCCGCAGGUAUUACUGCAAAGGAGAUGCCAAAUUCUGAUGGAACUGAGAAAAAUAAGGCUGAUGUUGCAAACUCUGUUGCUCAAAAUAACCACAGCAACGUGAAGGAGCGAGGAAAAUCAACCUCUCAAACCCUUUUCUACAAAGGUGUUGGUUUUCACAUGGUAAACUGUGGCUUGAUAUUGAUGAAGAUGUUGUCAGAGUACAUUGAUAUGAACAACUUUUUUCCAGCACUGUCCUCUGAAGUUGUUCAUCGUAUUGUAGAAAUUUUAAAAUUUUUCAAUACAAGAACGUGUCAGCUUGUUCUUGGUGCCGGUGCCAUGCAGGUAUCCGGUUUAAAGUCUAUCACUUCUAAACACUUGGCCUUGGCAAGUCAAGUCAUCAGUUUUACAUAUGCUAUUAUUCCUGAAAUCAGGCAAAUUCUUUUUUUAAAAGUGCCAGAGACGAGAAAAGCAUUGUUGUUAUCUGAAAUUGAUCGAGUAGCUCAGGAUUAUAAGGUUCAUAGAGAUGAAAUACACACCAAACUAGUUCAGAUCAUGAGAGAAAGGUUAUUGGUUCAUCUACGCGGGUUGCCUCAAAUUGUAGAGAGCUGGAAUAGACCUGAAGAGGCUGACCCACAGCCCAGCCAAUUUGCUCGAUCCCUUACCAAGGAAGUUGGAUACUUGCAACGUGUUCUAACUCGAACUUUACAUGAGGUCGAUGUUCAAGCGAUUUUCAGGCAAGUGAUUUUGGUCUUCCAUUCACAAAUAUCAGAGGCAUUUUCACGGUUAGAGAUCAGCACACCACAAGCCAAGGACAGGCUGCGCCGGGAUGUCACACACAUUCUUGGAUGCAUUCGUUCUUUGCCGUCUGAUAAAAUGAGCGAAUCUAGUAUUCCAAACUGGGGUCAGCUAGAUGAAUUCUUGGUGCAGAGAUUUGGCGCGGAAGCUGGUUAAUGUUGUUGUAAAGUAGUGAAUCGGUUGCUUCUUUGGAGAUGGCUAAUCAAUUUUUUUGGAUGUCAGAACCAAUUUCGGUGGUCUAUGCAUUUCCCUUGUACAAUUUCAUUGAGGUUUUGCAUUUUUUCUGAGAUGUAUAAAGUCAGUGUAUCAGAUCCAAAUAUUGCGAGAAGAAGGUUGUCGAAACCAGAAUGUCUGUUCUGUAGCGGUCACACUUGAAUUACCAUUUGUAUUUACCAGGACUCAAAUCAAUGUUUAUUAUAAUUUUUGAGUUAAAGGAUGACGACAAUUGAUUUUUUUUGCUUAGUGAAGGGACAACGAGCAGUAUCGGCUUUUGAAUUCUCAACUUCCGUUGCCGGAAUCGCAUCUGAUUGUAUCAAUACUCGAGUUAUUUGCAUGAAUGCCGUUCUUAAAUGGUUAAAAGGACAAGAGAUGGUUUUUCCUGCAACAUUAGUAUCUACCAGCUAAAGCUUGUUA